CAUAACGUCCAUACACAAACCCCCCAUUUAUUUAAUUUAAUAUAUUUGGUAACAACCUAUCCUUAAGACACACAAAUCCCCUCCACAAAACAUCAAUUCAUUCUCUAGCUAGUAAUCGAUCAAUCGAUCAUCACCGCCAAUGGUUUCCGACUCGAUCACCGUAUCGAAAAAUGUAUGCGUGAUCGGAGCCGGACCGUCGGGGCUCGUGGCGGCCAGAGAGUUGAGGAAAGAAGGUCAUAGUGUGGUGGUAUUGGAACAAAAACAUGAUGUUGGGGGGCAAUGGCUAUAUGAGUCAAAUAUAGAGAAUGAGGAUCCACUAGGGAAGAAAAAGUUUUUAGAGGUGCAUAGUAGUAUUUAUGCAUCACUUAGGUUAGUUUCACCAAGGGAGAUUAUGGGUUUCACUGAUUUUCCAUUUUUGGUGAAGAAAGGUAGAGAUAUGAGAAGAUUUCCUGGUCAUAGAGAAUUAUGGUUAUACCUUAAAGAUUUUUGUGAUUAUUUUGAGUUAAGAGAAAUGAUAAGGUUUAAUACUAGGGUUGAACAUGUUUCCAUGUUGGAUUAUAGUGAGUUUAAAGAAGAUUUUAAAUGGAUUGUUAAGAGUAAAAAUAAUAAUGAAAAGAUUGUUGUUGAAGAAGUGUUUGAUGCAGUAGUUGUUGCUACUGGCCAUUAUUCUCAUCCUAAGCUUCCUUCCAUUAAAGGGAUGGAGACAUGGAAGAGGAAACAAAUGCAUAGUCAUAUUUACAGGGUUCCCGAGCCAUUCCGCAAUGAGGUAAUUGUGGUGGUGGGAAACUCACUAAGCGGACAAGAUAUAUCAAUGGAGCUAGUGGAAAUUGCAAAUGAAGUUCAUCUAAGUUCUAAAUCUCUUGAUGUCACUUUAGGUCUAUCCAAAGUUAUCUCUAAACAUCAAAACUUACAUCUUCGUCCCCAGAUUGAAUCUCUGGAGGAAGAUGGCAAGGUUAUAUUUGCUGAUGGAUCUCAUAUCAUUGCCGACACUAUCUUAUACUGCACAGGGUAUAGAUACACAUUUCCAUUUCUUGACACCAAAGGAAUAGUUGUGGUGGAAGAAGGUAGGGUGGGACCAUUGUAUGAGCAUACUUUCCCUCCAACAUUAGCUCCAUCUCUCUCUUUUGUAGGCAUACCAAGAAAGAUAAUUGGGUUCCCUUUCUUUGAAUCCCAAGCAAAAUGGGUAGCUCAACUUCUGUCAGGGAAAAGAAGAUUGCCAUCAUGGGAUGAAAUGAUGCUCUCUAUUAAAGAGUUUUAUCAUUCCAGAGAUGUUGCUUCUCUUCCACACCACAAUACUCAUGAUAUUGCUGAUUUUGAGUAUUGCGAUAGAUAUGCAGAUCAAGUAGGGUUUCCGCGGUUAGAAGAAUGGAGAAAAGAGCUAUGCUUAUCAGCAUUGGUAAAUGCUGAUGAAAACUUGGAGACAUAUCGUGAUUCCUGGGACGACCAUCAUCUCCUUCAACAGGCUCUUCAAAGUCCUCAUUUUACUCAACUUCCUGUCCAACCUUUCUCUAUGUAACCUUGUUUUUCUUGUUUUGGACCACUCUUUAUAUUUCUAUUUAUUAUAUACUAUAGUUUUAUAUUCAUCAUUCGUUGUAAAAAGUUGAGAAAAAAAAUGAAAAAACAUCAUUGUUUUGCUCUCAUUUUGGGACUGAAAUGAUUUAAGGUGCCAA